AUGAAAUGCCUGGGCGCUGGAACUUGCGGCGUUGUUAAUCAGAUGCGUCACAGGUCCCGUCCAGAAUUAAUUAUGGCUGUGAAGCAGAUGCAAGUUUCUUCAAGUUCCUCGAACGAGAACAAGCGUAUAAUGAUGGAUUUGGACGUGAUUACUAAAUGCAGUGGCUGUCCCAAUAUCGUCCAGUGUAUGGGCAUAUUCUUUUCCAGAUGUGAAGUCUGGAUAUGCAUGGAGGUUAUGUCAACAUGCCUUGAUAAAUUGCUAAAGGAUCUUAAACAUCCAUUUCCCGAGCCGGUCAUUGGGAAGGUCGCCGUUUCUAUAAUCAAAGCAUUGGACUACCUCAAAGUAAAUCACAAUAUGAUGCACAGAGACAUCAAACCCUCCAACAUGCUUAUUAGUUCAAAUGGGGAGGUGAAACUGUGUGAUUUUGGCAUUAGUGGACAGUUAAAGGAUUCGAUUGCCAAAUCAACCCAAUUAGGUUGUAUCGGUUACAUGGCCCCCGAGCGAUUGGAAAAGCACCAAUACGAUGUCCGGGCAGACAUAUGGUCGUUGGGCAUUUCUCUCAUAGAGCUUGCGACAGGCCAUUUCCCCUACGGUGGUGUAGAUUUUGAAAUCGCUAUUGUCAGUAAAAUUCUUCAUGAUCCUCCACCAGUUCUCCCAGCGGAUGGAAAUUUUUCUCAAGCUUUCCGUUCCUUUAUGCAGAGCUGGUAUGUUGGCAUUGGAUGCGCACAUUUUAUAAAUUAA